ACGUGUUAUAAAAAAACAACUCCACAUUAAGAAUACAUAACAAGUUACAAAAAAACGUCAAUACAUCAAAAAUCGCAAGAGAACAUCAAUACAUAACAACUUACAAGAAAAUGUCAAAGUUCAAACGUGUAGUAGUAAUAAAUAUUAACAAGACUUGAUAAAAAUUAAAUCGUUUAAGUAACAAAAUGGGGAAAUUGACGUUAUGGGCUGGUAUCGUACUGACCCCUGCAAUCCCAAUUGCAUUAAUAAUAUUAGGCCACAAGUAUUACAACCAAUGCGCAUUGGAACCAUGGGUGCCAAAAUGUGUAAUCAUUAGUGGAGCAUUAACGUUAGGUGUAUACACAGUGGCUAUAAUUCUAUCAGUCCUGAAGAAAUUAAAAAUAAAGAACAAAAUCAUACGUUUCCUGUUGAUCGGCUUUUUGUUCUUAUUGCUUCUAACUACAUUCGUAUGGCAUUGCAUUGCAUCUCAUUGGAUAUUUAGCAACUAUAACGAUUGGAAGGAAACAAAAAAUGAACCAAUCAGCAGAUGUAAUAACGGAUUUUUUCAAUUUGUUUAUUUUAUAAUGAUCCUUUUUUGGGUAUUUGUCGGUAUCGUAAGUUGUGCAUUAGUAUUUUCGAAGAAAUCAAGAAAGAAGGCAUGUUUUUCAGCAGACUGUGAAGAUCUGGAGUGCGACCUUUGUACAUGGAAUCCGGGUUGUGAAUGUGGCAAUGCUAAUUGUGACACCGGUUCGUGCGGUGAUUGUGAGACAGGCUCUUGUGAUUUUAGUGUUGGUUCAUUCGAUAUAGGUGGUGGUGAUGAUGACUAAAUUAAGAAAUUGGUCUUGCACAUUACUUAUUCACUCCUUUUAAAGACACUUACUUCGAACACCUCGAGUCCAUGCAGUCAAAGCGAAGAAAAUUUAAAUGUAUUGGUAACUUGCUAUAAAAUAGUACUUUACAUUUUCGCAUAAGUCCGUCCUCUUAAACUUAAGUUUUACUUCACUAAUUUGUGUAUCCGUAAUUGUAUAUAUGGUAGCAUCUCUGUUACAGCUAAAAUGAAACGCCCAGAAAACUAUUGA